UCUGUUGCAGGAUGUAUUUGGUAGCCGCCUUUGAUUGGGAAUUAGGGUUGUCUGGUCGCAGUCGCGGGCGAGGUGGAGCGAUUUGGGAAGGCGCUGCUCUCGGCUCUCUAUCUUGCGCGUAGCGGACCGCUUCGAAGCGGUCUCUCUCGGGGUCACUAAGUCGAGUAGCUACUUGUCCAGAUUCAUGGCGACCGCUAAUGCCAACGCCAAAGGUGCGAGGAAGAAGGAAGUGAAGAAAGAAACUGGACUUGGUUUGACCUACAAGAAAAAUGAGAACUUUGGUGAAUGGUACUCCGAGGUUGUUGUUAAUAGUGAAAUGAUCGAGUACUACGACAUAUCUGGCUGCUACAUCCUAAGACCAUGGACGAUGACAAUUUGGGAAGUUUUACAAACAUUCUUUGAUGCUGAAAUAAAAAAGAUGAAUAUCAAGAAUGCGUAUUUUCCUCUAUUUGUUACUGAGAGUGUCCUACAGAGGGAGAAGGAUCAUAUCGAGGGCUUUGCUCCUGAGGUUGCUUGGGUUACUAAGUCUGGUCAGUCCGAGUUGGAAGUUCCUAUUGCAAUUCGUCCCACAAGUGAAACUGUCAUGUACCCAUAUUUUUCUAAAUGGAUUAGGGGGCAUCGUGACUUGCCAUUGAAGCUUAACCAAUGGUGCAAUGUCGUUAGAUGGGAGUUUAGCCAUCCUACUCCCUUUAUCAGGAGUCGGGAGUUUCUUUGGCAAGAAGGGCACACAGCUUUUGCAACACAAGCUGAAGCAGAUCAAGAGGUUCUUGAAAUCUUGGAACUAUACAGGAAAAUAUAUGAAGAGUUCCUUGCAAUUCCUGUUGUUAAGGGUAGAAAAAGUGAGCUAGAAAAGUUUGCUGGUGGUUACUAUACCACAAGUGUUGAGGCUUUUAUUCCUAACACAGGUCGUGGAAUACAAGGUGCUACCUCCCAUUGCCUUGGACAAAAUUUUGCAAAGAUGUUCCAGAUAAAUUUUGAGAAUGAUAAAGGUGAAAAAGCUAUGGUCUGGCAGAAUUCUUGGGCAUACAGCACUCGCACGAUUGGUGUUAUGGUGAUGGUUCAUGGAGAUGAUAAAGGCUUAGUAUUACCACCUAAAGUGGCAUCAGUCCAAGUGAUCGUCAUCCCUGUCCCUUUCAAGGAUGCAAAUACUGAUGCAAUCUUUAGUGCCUGCUCAUCAACAGUUCAGGCACUCCGUGAAGCAGGCUUUAGAGCUGAAGCAGAUUUAAGAGAUAACUACUCUCCUGGCUGGAAGUAUUCACACUGGGAAAUGAAAGGUGUUCCUUUGAGAAUUGAAAUUGGACCCAAGGAUUUGGCAAAUAACCAGGUGCGGGUUGUUAGGCGUGACAAUGGUGCAAAAUCAGACAUACCAAUGGGCAAUCUGGUGGAAAAAGUGAAAGAGAUACUCUCAAGUAUCCAGGAAUGCUUGUUUAAUGCAGCAAAACAGAAGAGAGAUGCAUGCAUAAAGAUUGUCAAUACCUGGGAUGAGUUCAUAGCUGCUCUUAAUGACAAAAAAAUGAUCCUUGCUCCCUGGUGCGAUGAAGAGGAAGUUGAGAAGGAUGUAAAAGCUCGAACAAAAGGUGAACUAGGAGCUGCAAAGUCUCUAUGCACCCCAUUUGAUCAGCCAAGGCUUCCAGAAGGAACUCUAUGCUUUGCCUCGGGAAAGCCAGCCAAGAAAUGGACAUAUUGGGGACGAAGCUACUAGGCAGGUUGAUUACAGAGAUCCUACUGUCGUUUAUUCUGGAGUUUGCAUUUUUAUUGAAACGAUUUCAAGUGUUCCAAACUUUAUUCUCCUGUAAAAGAUUUUGAAAGUUUGAGUUAUUCCUGUUUUAAAAUUGGGCUGAUAUGCAAGCAGUACUUCAUGCAGUUGUUAGAUUGAGCUAAUCAUAUGUCGUCUAGUAAAAAAUAAAGAUGAAAGACGAGCUAGACCGAAUAUAUAGUUUCAGUCUGGAGAUGUUUGGAUUGAA